AUGAGUGCGGGCCUCGGCAAACUCUCGUGUGCAAAGGGCAGGACGCGGACUCCUGUGGCCCUUGAGGCAUCGGCCACUCUACAGUACCUCGUCAGCCAUCCCACCCCUGACAAGAAACUCACGGAUAACCCACAACAAGGUGUUUGGGGCGUCGGUGCAGAGGCCAUAGUAUUGUUCCUGUACCCCAUGCCUAGUCACCGCUCUGCGGAGGUCCGCGAAUGCGCCAGAGGCAAGGGUGAAGCCAGAGUGGGUGGUAAAUUUUAUGAGCUGAGAUAUGAUGGGCGGCAUUGCGAUUUGGACGACUCGGAGCAGCGACCAGGUUCUUAUAGAUAUCUUUUGCGGCGGACAACGGGCGGGAAAGCUCCUAGGGUCAACUUCCCCGCCAAGUUCCCGCCCCAACACUAA